AUGGCAGAGGUUUGGGAGGAUUUACGUAAAAGAGCACGCUCCCUUGAAAAUACUAUUGAAGCAAAACUAGCCUCAUUUAACAAACUCAACACUGGCAACAAUCAAGGAACUAACCCCGGAUUGUCAUCAAGGCAAUCACUUUUUGAGCGUCUGGACAGCGAAAUUAAUACUCUUAUCACCGAACUUUCAUCGAUUAAUGAUGAGAUGGCUGACCAUAUUGCUCAUCAUUCAACUCUUGGGCCUUCUUCAUGGACUUCUACUCCAGCAGUUCAGCAUACUUUACGCCGUCACCGGGAUAUUUUACGGGAUUAUACAGUGGAGUUCAAUCGAGCUCGCUCCAAUAUUCGUUCUCAACUAGAUAGAGAAAAUCUUUUCUCCACAAGCAGCUCGUUUCGUGACAAAGAUGAGUCUCUUGGUUUAAACAAUCGGACAAAGAUUUCCGACUAUGCUCUGAAGGAACAUGAACAUAUUUCUAGCACCGACAGAUUGCUUGAUGAGCAACUUGGCAUGGCUUCUGCCACCAAGGAGAACCUGGCUCGUCAAAAAAUCUCAAUGGGUGGUAUCAGUGUACGCAUGCAACAAAUUGCUAGAAAAUAUCCAAUGCUAAACAGUGUGAUGCAGAAGAUCCAAACCCGAAAAAGACGUGAUACAAUUAUCCUCGCGGGCGUCAUUUCUUCAAGUAUGUCAGCUCUUCGCCCAAUCAUCUGCCCGUCGAUUUUGAACGCCGAUCUUGCGAUGCUAGGGAAAGAGUGCGAAAAGAUGUUGGCUUAUGGAGCGGAUUGGCUACAUCUCGAUGUAAUGGAUGGCCACUUUGUUCCAAACCUUACCUUUGGACCUCCUCUUGUCGAAAGUCUUCGCAAACAGCUUGGACCAAAGCCAUUCUUUGAUGUUCAUUUGAUGGUAUCUGAUCCCUUAUUUUGGGUGAAGCCAAUGGCUUCUGCUGGUGCUUCAAGUUUCACCUUUCAUUGGGAAGCCGCAUAUGAAAAGGGUGGUGACGGUGAGGUGAAAGAAAUUCUCAAGUCAAUCAAGGAAAACGGAAUGAGGGCUGGCAUUUCGAUUAAGCCAAAAACGCCACUUGAGAAAAUUUUGCCGUAUUGCGAACAAAUUGAUAUGGCGUUGAUCAUGACGGUUGAACCCGGUUUUGGUGGGCAAAAGUUUAUGGAGGAUAUGAUGGAAAAAGUCCGCCAUUUGAGGAAAAACUACAAAAAUAUGGAUAUUCAGGUGGAUGGCGGAGUUACCGUGGAUAACAUCGAUGUUUGUGCUACAGCUGGGGCAAAUGUUGUGGUGUCAGGAACGGGAAUCAUAAAGGCUGCUGAUCCAACUGCCAUUAUUGAGAAGAUGCGUUUGUCGAUCAACAAAGCAUUGCUGAAU